AUGGCACCGAAGAAGGUGACAAAGAAGGGAACAGAGGGGAAGAAGAAGCGCGCAAAGAAGGACCCCAACGCACCCAAGAAGCCUCUUUCGUCUUACAUGUUUUUCGCAAAGGACAAGCGGGCCGAAAUCCUCAAGAAACAGCCUACUCUCAAGUCCGACAUCGGCAAGGUGGGGAAGAUGAUCGGCGAGGAAUGGGCAAAGCUAAGCUCAUCGCAGAAAAUGACUUACCAAAAGAAAGCUGAGCAAGAGAAGAUCAGAUAUCAACGUGAAAUGUCUCUCUACAACAAGAAGAAAUGA